CAAUUCUCACUGUCCGGUUUGACCAGCCACCUGACUUUGUUCACCAUUCUCUUCUGCGCCCAGCUAGAGAGCCUUGCCAACCUGCCAAGCUCCCAGCAAUCGUCGCUGCUACUUCAUCAAGGCGCUCUUCGCAUUCUGCAACUCUCAUCAUCUCUCAACUACUCUUUUCCAUCAUCCUCGACCGCCGAGACAACCGAGUCUGAAUUUGCCGCUACGACCCGACCCUUUGCCGUGGUUCCGGCUUUCCGCUAGGCCACGAAACACCUCAUCAUUCCAUUUGACUCGGACCCUUGAAACCCACCGCAAACCCCAGCAAACAUGUCCUACUACGACGAUGACAGAGCCCCUCGCCGACAGAAGAGCACUCGAGAACGCGCGCGACGAGAUGAUUACGAUGGCGGCGGCACUGUCUAUGAUGAGAAUGUUCGAGAUACUCGCAUAGUCAAGCGUCGUGAUGACAGUGCAUCCUCGGUUGAGGAAGUCUCCAGAAACUUUGCGCCCGGAGAUCGUGGUGGCCCUUACUACCGCGAGACAACCGUGCGCAAAAAAGGCCAUCGACCAAUCCGUGAUGACGAUCGGGGGUACGAUGAUCGCUACGACGACUCCACUGUUGUCUCUCGAAGAAGACGCGAUGAUGAUCAGACGGUUGCCGGUGCUCGUGAUCGUAGGGGGCAAGAUAGAGGCGACAGACGUCGCUCCCGGCGCCGCGAUGACUCUUACUCGUCCUACUCCUCGCGUAGUCGCACUCCACCAAAGAAGAAGGAGCGCAGAAAGUCCACCACUGAAGAGGUACUGGGCUCUCUAGGCCUCGGUGGUGUUGCAGGAGCACUCUUAGGCAAGAAUCGGGACCGUUCAGCAUCCAGCGGGCGCAGUCGUCAUCGAAGCCGAAGCAGAGCAGGCGGUCGUCGCAGAUCGUCAUCGGACAGAUCUACACGCCGGAGCAAGAGCAAGGGCAAGAUCACAAACGAGCAAGUCUCCCAGGCUCUAAAGGCUGCCGUUCUCGCCGGUGCCACCGAGGCUUUCCGCUCUCGCAAAGACCCCGGCGGCUGGGGCGCUGACAAAGGCAAAAGAGUCUUGACUGCCGCUCUUGCUGCAGGUGGUGUUGACGGCCUGAUCUCGAACAAGGACAAGCCAGAUCACCACAACAAACGGGACAUACUCGGCUCUGCCAUUGCUGGUUUGGCCACCACCCGUAUCAUCAAUGGUCCUCGGUCGCAGUCUCGUGGCAGAGGUAGCCAAGACGGUCGUGGUCGAAGCCAGUCUCGAGGUGGCCUUGGAGAUCUUGCCGCAGGUGGAGUCAUCGCCGCCACUGCAAAGAAAGCGUACGAUCGGUUCCGAUCCCGUUCUCGCGGUCGCGCUCGUUCUCGGAGCUCUUCAUACGACAGUUACAGCCAAAGUCCACCGCGUCGCAAGAGGAGCCAAAGCGUUGCGGGCUAUGCAGCCAAAGGGCUUGCGGCUUUGGGCUUGAAGGAUGCGGCCGACAAGGUCGAUCCUCCUAGUCGUAGCCGUCGUUCUUCGAGGCACUAUGAUGGUUACUCUGACGAUGGACGGAAUGGUGGAUAUUAUAAUGAUCCCAGAGAUUUCCGAAGAUGAGCGCCGGCGAAGAAAAGGCCAGAAAAAGAUGUUCCUUACGGGUGGACUCGCCACAGUAGCCACCAUCCAUGCGGCGCAUAACGUCUACCAAAGUAUGGAGAAGAGAGAGGAGCGACGACAUGCAUUGAAGGAAGGUGAGAUUAGUAAGCAACAGGCCAAGGGCGAGAAGAACAAGGCGAGACUGCAAGAUGCUGCUAGUAUCGGUAUCGCCGCACUGGGCCU